AUGUCCGACUACGACUCCACCAACGGCGACGCGUCGCUCUCCCCCAACGGCACCAGCAGGAUGAACGGCUCCAGUCCCUCCCUCCAGCAGCCCGCGACGUCCCCCGGCCCCGACGCCGCCCUCUCCUCCAUCAUCCGGAAAAAGCUCAUGGGCUUUGUCGGCUUCGCCAACCUGCCCAACCAGGUCCACAGGAAGAGCGUUCGCAAGGGCUUCCAGUUCACCACCAUGGUUGUUGGCGAGUCUGGCCUUGGAAAGUCCACCCUCGUCAACACCCUGUUCAACACCACGCUCUACCCCGCGAAGGUGCCCCUUCCCCCCCACGCUGAGCGCCCCUCGACGGUCGCCAUUGAGAGUAUCAGUGCCGACAUUGAGGAGAACGGUGUUCGCCUGCGCCUCACUGUCGUCGACACCCCUGGUUUCGGCGAUUUUGUCAACAACGAUGAGUGCUGGAAGCCUAUCGUGGAGAACAUUGAGGCUCGCUUCGACUCUUACCUCGAGCAGGAGAACAGGGUCAACCGGCAAAAAAUCGUGGACAACCGCGUCCAUGCUUGUCUCUACUUCAUCCAGCCCACCGGUCACUCGCUGAAGCCGAUUGACAUUGAGUUCAUGCGCCAACUUCACACGAAAGUGAACUUGAUUCCGAUCAUCGCCAAGUCGGAUACCCUUACCGACGAGGAGGUUGCCGAGUUUAAGGCCAGGGUGCUGGCCGACAUCCAAUACCACAACAUUCACAUUUUCGAGGCCCCCACGUACGAGAAUGAGGAUGAGGAGGCUGUCGCGGAGGCCAAGGAGAUUGCGAGCAAGAUCCCCUUCGCCGUCGUUGGCUCCGACAAGCUGGUGAAGACGCCAGAUGGCCGUGAGGUCCGCGGACGCGCAUACCCCUGGGGUGUUGUUGAGGUCGACAACGAGGACCACUGCGACUUCGUUAAGCUCCGCCAGAUGCUCGUCCGGACUUACAUGGAAGAGCUCCGGGAGUACACCAACGACGUCCUCUACGAGAACUGGCGGACGGAGAAGCUGCUCAGCAUGGGUGUCGUUCAGGAUUCUACCGUCUUCAAGGAGAUCAACCCUGCUAUCCGUAUCCAGGAGGAGCGCAUCAUGCACGAGGCUAAGCUCGCGAAGAUGGAGGCGGAGAUGAAGAUGGUCUUCCAACAGAAGGUGCAAGAGAAGGAGGCUAAGCUCAAGCAGUCUGAGGAGGAGCUUUACGCCCGGCAUCGCGAGAUGAAGGAGGCGCUUGAGAAACAGCGUCUUGACCUCGAGGACAAGAAGAGGCGGAUUGAGAGUGGCCGUCCGUUGACACCCGAGAAGGCGAGCACUGGGCGCAAGAAGAACUUCCUGCGCGGCGGUUAA